AAUUGAAUGGGGAAAGUGAUUCUGUGUCAGCGAGGCAAGGCAUGCCAGAGAGGAGAUCCAACAUUCUGUCUCUAACACUGAAUGCGCUCAAUCCUGUGCCAUACCUGCUCGGGGGACUGAAUGGUGUACGACAAGCAAUGUCUCAGCGUUUUCAUCCCUACCAUAACCCCAACGGCAGACACAUUCCCUUGCAGAAUAAAUUUAGGGGUGCUGGUCGACCACCAUUGCCUCCUCAUCCUCCUCCUUCUCCUCAUUCUCCUCAUAUUACGGGGGGUGGGAAGUUUAAAAACCCCCCUGGGGGUCUGCGGUACAGUGGGGAUGAUGGUGAUAGGGGUGUGGGUGGUGGAUUAAGGGAUGCUGGUAGUGAGAGCACGUUUACUAACGGUGGUGGUGGUGGUGGCGGUGGGAUGCAUGCCCUUUCUCAUAGUUCACAACUUCCUAAUGGUGGAUAUCUGCGGCCAGUCAGAGGGACCAGGAAUGAAAACAGCCCACAACCAGAUUCUUUCAGUUCAUUUUCCAAAUUCCGGAGACCUUCUAGACCUAACUUGCCUUUGGACUCUAGUAGGAAUCAAAAUAAAGACUUUGGCACCUUAAAACCACAGUCCAUAAUACCAUACAGGCCAGAAGGUUUCCGCUACAGUCCCACCAUCCCUUCCCCACCUACAACUGCUCCUAUGCCUAAAAGUGUCAAUACAGAAGCCUCUAACUCGGGUGCACGUGGUAGCGGGAAGCCUUUAUCGAGAGUCAUCAACAUCAAAGUGCCAGAGGAGAUGCAAGACUUGGCAGUGUUGGAAAUUAGCAUGAAGACCAAUGGAGACAUCAGCCUGAGUGGAGGACAUGACACAGGUCACCCACGCCCACCAGGCUCCAUAAAGACACCGGGAGCUUCAGUCUUGAGUUCUGCUUCUUUGCUAACAAAUUUUGAGGACAUUUUUGCUGAGGACACGAGACUUCACGAACUGGACAAUGACAAUAGAUUUCUAGGCACUCUCUUCCGCAGAGAGGUAGAUCUAAUGACUCCCAAGGACUCUUCUGUACAGGAUUUGCUUCGCAUGCAGACUGCUGAACAUACUAACCCUGCUUUGCUAAAUGCAUUUCCACUUGAUUGGAGUUCCAUCAGUAGCUUACAGCCCAUUGUCAUAAAUAAUAAGGACAUGGUUCACGAUAAUUAUCAGAGAAAUGUUCCACUCAGUAAGAUAUUCACAAAAAAUACUCCAGUUGCCAGUUAUUCAACUUAUGCCAAAAAUCCAAAUUUGAAUCAAUUUUACCUCCUCCCAGUGGGCAUGCCCUCUACCAGCGCGGCCAACCGCCAAUCCUUGCACAGCAGUGCGAGCUCUGCCAGCCGCCAUCAGUCAAAUGGUAUGGACGACAAAAAGUCUGCCGUAUAUUACAUUGAUAUUACUAUUCCAGGGAACGCCGGAGGCACGCCCUCUGUCAAUGCCAAGCGCCUCACCAGACGGAGAAGAAGCCUCGACUUUGACGGCUGGUUCCCUAUGGACGUGAGCAACCCCAUGGCUGAUGACCCCACUGUGGCCUACCAGCCGCCACCACUGGAGAGAGUUCACUUCAGUAACGAGCCCAUGAAGGAGAAGCCGUUGUUCCCUGUCAGGCCAGAGAAUCCAACAGUGUUCGUGGUGCGGUCUGAGAAGGAGAAGCCGGAGUACCACUCAGUGUACGGCACCGAGAACAUCGAGUACUACCACAUUAACCCGCAAAGCAACAUCGUAAGAGCCUUCCGCUCGCCCUCUUUUACCAUCAGCGAGGCCACCUUAGUGCCUGAGCAAUCAGAAUCCACCACCAUGUCCUCCACAACCUCCAUUACCACAUCCACCACCACAGACUCCACUGCCGAAGUUGUGGAGGAAUCUUCGAGUGUCCCAGAAACCAAUCUGGAAAUUCCCGAGAAAGAAGAGGGAUUCUCUGAUAGAUCUGAUGUUUUCUAUGAGGAUACUGAGCUCUCUGAUGCCGAGGCAGGUCUGAAUGAAAAACCAGACUGUGAAACUGAGACCGAAAGUGAUCUAGAAGGCGCCUUUUCAGAGACUCAAACAUCUGUGAUAUUGCCACCUGAGCUCUUCUACCUCCUUCGUGAAAGGAGUAAAAGAUUCCAGGAACAAACGAUCGCUCAACGCCCUCAGCAAACGCCCGCCCCUCCCCCUGCCAGAAAACGUUUCGACAAUGCGGCCACUAUCAGGACUGGGCCUGCCCUUCAUGAGCUACUCGGUAACCAUCCUCAAAAGUCAAAGAUAGAGGAGUCUCCCUACUUAGGCUCUGCCACAGACUCUGCUGGUGUUCGUAAAAUUCCACCCCCUAAUUUUCGGUACUCCUCCCUGCGCACCUCUGCCUCCGGUCAAUCUCCAGUUACCUCGCAUACUAGAGUGAGAGGAAGCCCCACCAGGAAGCCAGGGUUGCCCGGGCGUCCAUGGUAUCUUAUCAACACGAGGUCGUCUGACUCAAGCAGAAGACGCGAGCCAUCGAUUGCAUCCUACAUAGUCCCUGACACUCUGUCUGGAGACAACAAGGUUCACUACAAGCCAAACGGUCCUGUCUCCUACGUCAACAAGCAGAUAACUACGAUAAGCGAUCUGAUUGACAACCCUCACCUGAACGACCACAUGAACUCCUACAAGCCCACACUGACAGCAAAUAGCCUCUCAGAGCUUCUCCAGAUUUUCCGCUACACACAGGUGACGAAUGGGCCUAGUGGAUCGAGCACUGAAGAGCCGGUGACAGUGCGGGAGUUCAGAUACACUCGGCCCACAGAGGAGACCCCAACCACUGAGAUCUUGCCAACUAACUACAGAUACACUCCCUCUCCAUCAAAAUUCAGUGACCCAACCACAGAGCCUGGGAUCACUGAGAGACCCCCAGCUGUUUACUCAGACGCAGUGGCCGACACUAACUCCCUGGAUGGAUAUCUGUUCUCAGACUCAGAGACUAAUCCUGAAUACACCCACCCUCAGAUUCCCCAGAAUACCGUUGUGAAAGAGGAUAAGGAUGCAGGCAGGGAAAAAGGAGCUGCCAGAGGAACUUCCAAGGUCAAAAUAAACUCCAACUUGGUCCAGAGAGCAACUGGGACAUCCACACCAGCACCUAGGGAACUCCGUGUGAUACGCCCCGGGCCUGCACCUUCAAGCAAAAUCACGACUGUCUCCCCGCAGUACGUGAUAUAUCAAGGACACUCCAAAGUCAAGGUGUUUGGAGUGAACUCAGCCGAAGAUAACGGCUGGAGCAAAUUUGAUAUACAUGAUUUCAUUUUGGCCUCCGCACCGAGCUCUUCCUCUACCACUACCACACCGGCUCCUCCUCCCUCCUCCACUCCUUCUCUUCCCACAGCAACUACAACUUUUGUUCCCACCUCACCCAGUCCGUCGCCUCUUCCCAGCACCAAUGCAACACUUCCUAGCACCUUAUCCUCACCAGUAGAGCAAAGCACCUUUCUUCCCGUCACUGACACCACUCCUUUGGACACCACUGACGCCACGCUUCCCUCGGGUGUCGGUGAGGAAUACGAGUACUAUUAUGCAGACGGUGACUAUGGGGUUACCGAUCUUGCCUUCGGGGAUUACCAGACAGAGGACUUUGGCCAGCACCUGAUUUAUGUGUCUGGCCAGCUUCCUCCCCCUCCCGGUGUGGCACACCUAUCACACCCUCCUCCCCUGAUACCGACCGGUGAAAGGCAAGGUAGCCCUGACCAUUCAGUUAAGAACCCACUGGAGGGAAGUUUCCCCCAGGCCUUGUCUCCCGCCACGGCCCUGAGUCAGGCGGAGUUGUUAGACAUCCUCUCCAACCAACAGCCAGAGGACAGUCAGUUUUCAUACCCAACCUGGCCCGCCACGGAGAUAGCCACAGACCAGCCAAUGGAGAACGACGAUGUUGAGAAUAAUGGUGGCGCGUGAUCUCCCCAAGUUUAUUAUGUCUGGCCUCGUGGACUUUAAUUGUAUAUCGGUAAAUGAAAAUCUGACGAUUUUCAAUAUUUAUAGUCAAAUUAUUCUAGAAUCCGUUAUUCAUUCACAGUGUUAACCGAAAUCAAUCAUACCUACAGGGAAAAGCCCUCCUCAUUCUCAAAGCCUGGCCACGCAACCCCCAUCCCUGUGUGUGUGUGUGUGUGUGUGUGUGUGUGUGUGUGUGUGUGUGUGUGUGUGUGUGUGUGUGUGUGUGUGUGUGUGUGUGUGUGUGUGUGUGUGUGUGUGUGUGUGUGUGUGAGAGAGAGAGAGAGAGAGAGAGAAAACAUGUGCUAUAAGGAUAAUUGUGUUACUGACAGUCUAGUGAAUCCCUAGUUUCUAAGUAUUUGAGUAGCUGAUGCUGAGUGUGCGUGGCGACGAGGCACUGGGUUCAAUGAUGGGAGGACAACAUAGGUAUUCUUAUUACUUCCAAUUAUAAGAUUGUUUUGUUGGCUAUGGCCAGGGAAGCGUGAGUAAAACUGCUGCGAGGAAAGCUUUGCUUAGCCAGUGGCGGUGGAACACUUAUCACUCCAAUUGAAGAAUGAAUUUGUUUACAUAAUCAAUUCUGAAAUUAGAAACAAAAACUAUUGAAAGUAUGCAAACUAAAAAAAAAAAGAAAUCGUUCUUCAUGAACUAAUUGUUAAAAUAAAAAAAAAGUAAAGCAAUCCUCCCUGAUAUGAUGUCUGAGCCUGUCGCUCUAUCCCCGCCACGCCGCCACGCCGCCGCAGGACACGAGGGCUGCCAGGUAGGUAAGGUGUUGCACCAGUCCCGGGCGACAACAUUGCCAGGAGGGGAAUCUGCCACGACUCUCGUCACGGAAUGGUGACACCAUAGUGUUUCCUUUGUACAGUUUGUAUAUAAUACAGAUAUUAUAUUUUAUUAUAAUAGUCGUAAGUUUUCUUUUAUACUAAAAUACUAUAUUAAUUUUAUUUCCAUAGGUUAUGCUUAAAAUAUUUCUCGAUAAUAUUUUUGUCAUUAUGAUAUUGAUAUCGAUCCGAUUAUAGAAACAUAUUAACUGUAAAACUGUUGUACAAAUAAACCAUCCCAGUGUCUUGA